CCUCUAGUUGCUCCCCCCAGUUUGAGGUGUAAAUUUCUUUGUAAAUAGUUAAAGUAAUGCUGCACCUGACGGGCCAGAACUACAAUGCGCGCGACAUAAUCCGGAACAUCUUCUCGCCGCUGAUCGGCGUGCUGUCCAGUCCGCAGGCGGAUGAGAUCUGCCACCGGAACAACCUGUCUUUCGUGGAGCUCCUGCAGCCGUUCGCAAAGUUGCCAAAUGACGCACACUUUCGGGACGUUUCCGGGACGAGCGUAUCUGUUCGUGGACUACGCCUCAACUUCUGUGAUGUGGACUGGCGGCCGCCGCAGACCAUUUUGGCCAGGAAGAUGCUUAAUGAGUCGGUGACCAACGCCCACAAUGACAAAACCAGGCUGGCCACUAUAGCUGACAUAGACCUCGACUUGCCCACCUCGGAACCUUGGUUUGAACAAUGGCGGGAGACCUUCUUGACUGUGCAAUUCCCGGCGGAUCAUGAGUUCACCCGUCAUCUUCUGAGCUGCUUGCUGGUGCUUUCCAGCGCGGAUCCGCAGAUCGUGGAGACAGCCCAUAAACUGGGACAACGUGUGCAGCAGAUGCAGAGCAUCACGCCUCAGAAGCUGCCCAAGUGGUUCCAUCCCACCGAGGUCCUAAAUAGCUAUGUGGUGUUGCACGAGGCCAACCAGGGGGAUUUAUCCAAGGCGCAGCAGGGAUUCGAGCUGCUCAAAUCCACCUUUGGAGACAGCAAGUGCUUCCUGGUGUCCAUCAACUCGCUAGAUGGCCAGAGUGCAGCAGAGGUUCCAGAUCACUGGGCAACAUUUAUCAAAAGGCAGCCUAAAAGCGAUGCAAACCUUCCCUCUACCGAUCUAAGUGCACCAAAAUCGCCGCAGGAAGCUGUUUCUGUCAUCAGUAUGCCUGCCAUGCAGAUGUCGCAGCUACUGGACGGAGCCAAUGCUCAGGAUAGCGAUUUGGCCAUGCUGCAUCCGCUGAGUCCGAUGCAGGAGAGCGCAACAGAGGCGAUCAAUUCGAAAUUCAGCAUUAGCAGCGAGAGCAUCGCCUCUCAAACCAUCAAUCCCAAUGUGUGGGCGAAUGAAUUGGAGGCGGAUGCUCCGCACGGCGGAUGUCUCACCAAUCGGGACAUCGACAACCUCCGACACUUUGUUCAGGACUAUGCUGUACGUGCGUUGAUACCCUAUAUUGAGCAUCUGGUGGCCAUUCUGGCCGAGGGAGUGACCAACAAAAAGGGCGUCAGCAAGUCCCUAUUGAGCGCCACAAAACGGUGGUUCGUCACCAGCAAGCCGGGAGCGGGAGCAAACAAUCAAAAUGCAGUCAUCUACACAAACGAAUCUGCGGAGCUGCAAACUCGAAAGUUGGGCGAUCUUUAUUUCAUGUUUGGCCAUUACAAUUUGGCUUUCCAAGCCUACCAUCAAGCCAAGCGAGACUUUAAUGCGGACUCGGCCUGGCAAUACUACGCGGGGGCCUUGGAAAUGGCGGCUCUGUCCGCAUUCAUGUUGGGUACUGCUCAACGGAAAACCUAUGACUAUAUGGAGGAUGCAAUUGUGUGUUAUCUCACAGUGUGCAAAUUGCAGCAAUUUGCCACCAGAGCAACGCUCUUAAGCAUGGAAUGUCUAAAAACAGCGCGGCUGUACAGCGAGGUUGCCAAGCAAUUGAUUCGCAUGACCAAUGAGGAGUCAGAUCUUCGCUCAGCUCUGUUGCUGGAACAGGCAGCAUACUGUUUCCUGGUGACCCAGCCCCCCAUGCACAGAAAGUAUGCCUUUCAUAUUGUCCUGGCCGGGAAUCGUUAUUCCCGCGCAGGCCAAAGAAAGCAUGCAUAUCGUUGCUAUCGCCAGGCCUACCAGGUCUUCCAGAAGCGCGAGUGGAGCUUGGCUGAAGAUCACAUUCAGUAUACGGUGGCUAAGCAGGCCUAUAUGCUAAAACAACUUGAGGAGGCCAGUCGCUCCUUUGCCCAUUUACUGAGACCUGGAAGCCUUCAAAGUGCGCAGCAGCAGACCAGCUUCCUAAAAGAGUAUAUUCAGACGCAAAACGAACUCGUGAAGCGAAGUCCUGAGCUGGGCUUGUUACCACAUGCCUUACCCCAAGUAGUGCAAUCUUCCGUUCGUGUUCUUACCCUAGUGCAAUCACCAUCGGCUGUGACACCUCAGGUGCCAGCCACCAACAUAGACAUCAACUCUAAUUUGACAGCAGAUGAGUCCAUUUGGAACAAGAUUGAGGAGAUGCUCGUCAUCACGGCUGCCAAUAAUAAGCCGUUCGUGUUUAAGCCCUCAAGAUAUUUGUACACCAAGCAGCAACCUGCACUGGAAACUCCUGUUGCAGUGCAGGGUGAACCCAUCGAGCUGGCUGUGACCCUCUCAAAUAGCGUUCGAUGUGGCAUAGCCCUUUCCGAGAUAGACCUUCUUUGGAAACUCACUCUGGACAAUGAGGAGGUGCUGUCCAACGCUUGCAUUUAUGAGGAAUCAUCGGAUAGUGCCAGCAAAAUAGCGGUUGGUGCAGCAAUUAAAACGAGUUGCGUGGCUUCCAUUAAACUGGCCGAACAAGCUGAAGAAACUUUGCACUUCAAGCUGACUCCAAAGUUGACUGGACGCCUGAACGUUCUGGGAGUAGUGUGCCGAGUAGCAGCCAGUGCGGAUCCUGCAGCCAGUCUCCUGGGAACGCUGCAGUUCGAAACGCAAAAGAUCAGACCUCACAACGCCAAGCAAUCCUCGCAGACUGUUUUGGACAAUAGACUAACAAUCAAAUUGGUCCCCCAACUGCCUGCCAUGAGUGUAAGCUUCACUCCUGUCCCCAGUCGGCUAUUGGCUGGUGAAAUUAUACCAGUUCAUGUCACGCUUCGGAAUCUGGGAAUUGCUCCGAUUGAGGAGAUCUACUUGGGAUGCGAUAAUCCGCGCUGUGUUUCCCUCUUGGAUCAGCACAGCCAAAUGCCACUAGCUAUGAUGACUUCCCUUCGCAAUCUGUCCAAUGACAAGCUCGUAAAAGACAAGGAAAUACGUGGACAACGAGUUUUCCGCUUGCUUCAGCGCCCCGGCCUAGCUGCCUUAGAUGCCCAGCAGGCGCAAACCAUCUCCAUGUGGCUGCAAGCUCCACACCAAGCUGGACCCUUUACCCUACGCCUGCUCUUUUAUUACUCCUUGCCAGCAGGAGCUAAUUCACACAUAAAAUAUCGUUUGGUUCGGCAUAUUUGGCAGCUGCAGGUUGAGAGUUGCCUGCAGGUCGACGCCACUUGUGUGGUUAGCAACGCGGUGACGAAUGAACUGGGUCUAGAUAUGAACGUUAAGAAUCAGCAUGCGUCAGAAGGAACGGAGGUGUAUGUCAACUCGAUUUCCUUGUACUCCAAGGAAUUUAAUUUAAAUCCAGAUAAGCUAUACAUUAUGAACAGUAUGGGAGUCAGUCAGGGACAGGCGGGAGCGCAGUGCCUCAAGUCUUCCAUUUGCUGCAAUUUCCAGUGUCGCCUGCAGGAAAGGGACAAAAAAGAAGAAUUCCAAGACAUUCCAUCUAUCAAAUCUUUAUUGCAAACGCGUCUUUCCCAUUUGAAGAUCCUGCCUGCCCAGCACGCUCAGCAAGUUGAUCAGUACAUGCCGACGAUACAUGAACCGCAAAGUUUCCUUUCUAACGAGGAGACGGUCUAUUUCAAUACAAAUAUCUCUACAGAGGAGUUCAACGCAAGCAUCGCUGGCUAUGUGCCACAUGCCACUCUGGCCCUAAGUUGGAGUGCACUGGUGGCCAGGGAGGAGGGUCAGCGAGUGGCCUGUGGCCAGCACUUCAUUAAGCUUUAUAAACUCUAUGAGACGGGUCACUGUCCGGCGGCUCCAACAGGAGCUUUUCAACGAAGAAGACAAUCGCCUGACGACUCUAUAGACAACGGACGGGAAUUCCCACUUCCAGAAGGAGCAGUUAACAAUGAGGAGGCAUGGCAACCCCUGGCUAACGCUGAAGAAGAGGACUAUUGGGAGCCUAACGAUAAUUAUGUGGGCCAACGGUGUCUUCUAGAGGAUGAGAGCUUUGUGAUGGCAGUUAAAGCUUAAAAUAUUUGUCACCUUGUGUUUGUAAAUCUUUAUAUGUUGUCUGUCGAUCAGUUAUGAGAUGCUAAAAUGUUUUUAAAUCUUUUCGUUAAUUUGAAGUUGCUGAAAUCGAUCAAAUAAUCUUUUCUUGAAAGAUGAUGAUUUGUAUAUUUUCUUGAUCAGAAACCAGCCUGGACAAAAUUUAGAUCUCACCAACUAAAAACUAAUGGCACGAUAUUUAUGAAUGUUUUUCGGUCAGUUCUAUGCCUUAUAUUGUUGAUAGUAGCGAAUGACAGAUAUUAAACCAUUUAAAACUGCUGAUAAUAUUAGGGCUAAAACUUCAAAGAAAUAAAAUGGCAUACUUAUAUUUAUA